AUGCCAAUCUAUGUGCAGCCUAGGAUGCAGGCCGCAUUGGAUUUACAGUCCGGCGUUCUUCAUGCUGCAGACGAGAAAGACUUUAAAACAGCGUUCUCGUACUUCUAUGAGGCUUUCGAAGGAUACGAUUCGGUUGACGAAAAGAGCUUGGCACUUUUGUCUCUGAAGUAUAUGCUUUUAUGUAAGGUAAUGCUUGAUGUACCUGAUGACGUCAAUACACUACUAACGGGUAAGCUUGCGCUGAAGUACUCCGGGUCGGAUUUGGAUGCAAUGCGGGCUAUUGCUGCAGCUGCGAAGAAGAGAAGUUUAGCAGAUUUCAAUACUGCCUUUGGCCUAAUCCACAAGAGGCUACGGUGA